GCCUCAUUGUGUCAAGUAUGAUAGUCAUCCGACGAAGGACAAUUAGAAACUCCAUAGCCACAGCCACCUGUAAUUAUUAGUGGUCAUCGAUAAGUAUAACACAACCCAACCUUAGCAACCCCGCUAGGCUCUCCGUACGGCAGAUUCGCUGGCCCAGAAUUGCACAUUAUAGAGUAAGGUCACUUUAGCUGGGAUUAGGUUUGGUGCUUAUUGAUUCUCUAUACAUAGACCUAAGCAUAGUGAGAUAGGAUAGGGGGUAAGUUGGUCCAUCCGCCAGGUUCAAAACUCCCCCACUCUAUCGCAUCCGGUUUUGCGUUGCAAUGGAUUGGGUCCGAAGACGAUGGAGGUUAUCCGAUGGAGACCUUGGUAACUUUGAAUAUGCAAACCGCAAAUGCAAGGUCAUACGGUUGGGCUAUAAUGGUGAGGGACAGCGCAGAGUCCAGCAUUGGGACCUAUCAUCAGAUGUAGAAUGGCUAGAUUGGUUCGGAAAAGAGAAACUCAUAUCCGAGGAAUCUCGUAAUAAUACUACAUCCGUGAUAUUGGGAAGCCGGAAAGAAGAAAACGAUUGUGGAUUGAGCUAUUUGCCCUUCUCCAGACCGAUUUUCGAACGCAUACUACAGCGAUUCUUCAUUCACGACUCGAUAGCCAGGACGAUACUCCGCAACUAUGCGGCAACGUUCUCGCGGACAUAUCUUCCCAUUGAGAACUCGACAGAGACCGCGUUAGUAUAUAACUGUCGCUCUUCGGCUCACUGGGAAGACGACCUAACGCUGUCCGUGACGUAUUUUCCCAGCACAGGCCGCACCUAUGCAGUCUUCUACGGCUGCAAUAACCACGCCGCAGGGAAAACGAUCAUGGAAAGGAUUUCUAAUCGAUUCAUCAAAAGCUCGGAAGACUCGUUUUGCCACCCGAUGCUUUCAGUCGGCAUCUUUGCCGAAAUCGAAAGGUUUCGCAUGCGCGAGCUCGUGUUGUCCAGGAAGACCGCUCUGCAGGACACAAUUGACAAGCUACAAGCUCACGGCUACGGAUCGCUGACGGGGUCUAGAUCCCACGUGGAUCCCUGGCUAAAUAUAUACGCAAUCAGGAAUGGCCUCGAAUGCUGGCUUGGAGUCCUCGCUAGUAUGAUCACCCACAUCGAUGAAUUAGCGGCAGCGUGUGAUCAGGUCCACGACGAUAAUAACUUCUAUAAUACCGGCCGCCGAAUUAAAGACCGUCUAGCGGAAAUCCAUGCGGAGUACCUCGACUUGAUCAGGGACUGCACUAUGAUUAUCGAUGGAAUGACUUUGGCUACCAACUUGGCGCUUGCAAGAGACAACAUGAGCGAGAGUAAACAGAUGAAAACAAUCGCUGUGGUGACCAUGGUCUUUCUUCCCGCCACAUUCGUCGCAACAUUAUUCUCCAUGACGUUUUUCGAUCUCAACUCGAGCUAUGCCUGGCUGUAUCCCUGUGUCACAAUCCCCCUGACGGUUUUGGUCAUUGGUGUAUACAUAUAUGUUGUAGUGCGACCGCGGCAGAGACAGAUGAAGAAGGCUUCAGGCUUCGACUCUGGAGAUGAGGGAAGUGGGCGCAACACCAGAUCGUGUUGCUGGGUUUGAAUGGUUUCGUUUAAGUAAUAGCAGCACAAGCGCUCCUAAAUAAUACACUAUGUAGGUCUACAAUCGUUCAUA